CCUCCAUUGAAAAUGUAAUCCUGAAUCUGCUAAUAUCUUACUUUUUAAGGGGUGUAUUGUCGUGAAGAAUGGAGACUACAGUGAGAAAUCAUCACUCUCAUGCUUUCCUUAAGGAAGGAACAUUCAUCUUCAAGAUGGGAAGUAACAGCACAAACAGUACAAGAACAAAGUGCACUGAUCUUCAAAUGCCAUUUCAGUACUCGCUCUAUGCAACCACCUACAUCCUCAUAUUCAUCCCUGGUCUUCUGGCCAACAGUGUAGCCUUGUGGGUCCUGUGCCGCUUCAUCAACAAGAAAAAUAAAGCCAUCAUUUUCAUGAUCAACCUCUCUGUGGCUGACCUUGCCCAUGUGCUGUCCUUACCCCUCCGGAUUUACUACUACAUCAGCCACCAAUGGCCUUUCCAGAGGACCCUUUGCCUGCUGUGCUUCUACCUGAAGUAUCUCAACAUGUAUGCCAGCAUUUUCUUCCUGACUUGCAUCAGCCUUCAGAGGUGCUUCUUUCUCCUCAAGCCCUUCAAGGCCAGAGACUGGAAGCGUAGGUACGAUGUGGGCAUCAGUGCUGCCAUCUGGAUCAUCGUGGGCACUGCUUGUUUGCCACUUCCAAUUCUGAGAAGUACUGGCUUAACCAACAACACUGAAUCCUGCUUUGCCGAUUUAGGUGUUCAGCACAUUAGCAUGGCUUCCUCCAUUGGCAUGGUAACUGUAGCUGAACUUGGAGGAUUUGUAUUACCUGUUAUAAUUAUUACUUAUUGCACAUGGAAAACGAGAAAGUCUUUACGGGAAUUUCAAGUUCCCCCUCAGAAUGCCAAAGAGAGGAAAAAAGCUUUGUGGAUGGUCAUGAUGUGUGCAGUGGUGUUCAUUGUGUGUUUUACCCCUUACCACCUUAACUUCCCACUCUUUAUGAUGGUGAAGCAACAUGUCUUUUCGAACUGCUCCUUUAUUAAGAGUACUCUAUGUUUCCACAUCAUUUCACUGUGUCUUGCAAAUCUGAACUGCUGUCUUGAUCCCGUCAUAUAUUAUUUUAUGACCUCAGAAUUUCGUGAUAGAUUUUCAGAACAUGGUGGCCUGGUUCUUCAGUCAUGUGUGAGAUGCGAGGACAGUGUUUUGGAAAUUCAUCGCAGGAAGGAGGAUCUUCAAACUAUCUCUCUUGAAUUUUUGGAUGAUUCCAAGACAAUGUAAUCAAACAAUUAGCUAGAAUGAUCUAUAUUCUCUAUCAGUUUAGCUAUGUCACCUUGAAGAUUUUUCUUAAAAAAUGGUAUUGUUGAGUGCCUUAACAAAAUAUGGCCCCCUUCCUUCAUUCUCAAAAUGAUCCUCCUGAAGGAACUAUUUAUACCUAUAUUUUCUGUCCAAAUAGAAACAUAUUGUUCUAUGGAGAACAUAAGAAAAUAUUUUUCUUUAUAGACAGUGAUGAACAACAGAAUGAAUUGUGCACCUCUUCCUCAGCAAUGGCUCCAGUUUUUUCACAUUCUUUGAAAAAAAAUGUAAAUUGGAAACAGGUGGACAGAGGUGAACUUGCCAAACAUUUAAAAACAUAUAGGAGAGCAAUAUUAUCCCAGUUUUAUUUAGAAAAUGUACACUACUCGAAGAAAGUAGACUAAAGAGGAAAAGUUUAUUAAUAUUAAUAGGAGUUAUGAGAAAAGCACGUGAUGCAUGCUUUUAUAUAUUGGUACUCAUUUAGAAAAUAUUUUGUUAUAUUUGUUUAUUAAAACCAACCAUACCAUGGUCUGACUAUAUUAAUUCGUCUAUAUACAACCUCAGUCAAAAUUUUGCUUGAUAGAUUUAAACAAUGAGUUAAUGAAGACUCACACACACGCAUAUCGUUUUUCAGGUGGACCUCAUUUCUCACAGGUAAAGAUGUAUGUAAGGGGGACAUUGAUGGGUUGAAUUUAUUAUAAAUGCAAAAUGAAAAAUUGUUAUUUAAAAAUUUUCUGUAUUUAAAUCAUUUUGUAAUACAAAUCAUACACAUUGGAAAAUUUGAAGCUUAAAUUUUCAUAUAUUGGGUUUUAUUAAGAUAGUAUUUUAAAAAGCACUAGUUAGUUUUAUAAAAUUAUAGUCAUGCACCAAAUAAUGUUUCAGUCAAUGCUAGACCACAUACAUGAUGGUGGUCCCAUGAAAUUAUAAGACAGUUGAAAUAUUCUCAUCUCCUAGUGAUGUCACAGCCAUAACAUCAUAGUGUAAUGCAUUACUCACAUUUUUGUGGUGAUGCUGGUGUAAACAAGCCUACUAUGCUGUCAGUCAUAUAAAAGUAUAACACAUACAAUACUGUACAGUACAUAACACUUGAUAAUGAUAAAAUGACUAUGUUACUGGUUUAUGUAUUUACUAGACUAUAUCUUUAUCAUUUUUUAGAAUAUACUUUUUUUAUUUAUGAAAAAAAUAAGUUUACUGUAAAACAGUAUGUUGUCUAACACCGGCAGCAGGCUUAUACAUCUCAUGUUUACUGCGUCUAUUGAUUGUAUCAUUUUCUCUUGUACUUGAUUGAAUCUUAUGUUGUUUUGUGUUUUUGUGUUGUAACAUGCCAUAUAGACUUAUAGCCUAGGAGCAAUACAUUAUACCAUAUAGCUUAAGUGUGUAGUGGGCUAUAUCUAGGUUUGUAUAAGUACACUCUAUGAUUUUUGUACAACUAUGAAAUCACUUAAUGAUGCAUUUCUCAAAACAUAUCCCCAUUAUUAAGAAUGCAUGA